CUUAUCCUCAUUGUGGGAGACCAAUAGGAAGCAAGCCAGCUGCCAUGAGUAGUGAAUAAAACACUAAACUUCAGCUUAGCACAAACAAACUGUGUCUCUUUUCCUUUCACCAAUGGCUUCAACAACAUCACUUGGCACUUCUUCAAUUGCAUUUCUUCCUUCACGCUACCUUUCUUCUUCUUCUUCUUCUUCUUCCAACCCUUCCAUUCACACCCUCUCUCUAACCUCAGGACAAAGCUGUAGUAGGAAGUUAUAUGGUGGAAUUGGAAUUAAUGGUACAAAGGGAAGGUCUAGGUUCCCUGUUGUCAAUGUUGCCACUGAAGUUAACUCUGUAGAACAACAGCUGAAUACUAUUUCUAAAGAAAGCGCGAGGCCGGUGUACCCUUUUGCUGCUAUAGUUGGACAGGAUGAGAUGAAGCUUUGUCUUCUCCUUAACGUCAUUGAUCCUAAGAUUGGAGGUGUAAUGAUAAUGGGGGAUAGAGGAACAGGGAAAUCCACAACGGUUAGGUCAUUGGUCGAUUUACUUCCUGAAAUCAAGGUUGUUUUUGGUGAUCCAUAUAACUCAGACCCAGAAGAUCCAGAAGUGAUGGGAAUUGAAGUGCGAGACCGAGUAAUAAAAGGGGAACAACUUUCCAUUGUGUUGACCAAAAUUAACAUGGUUGAUUUGCCAUUAGGAGCUACAGAAGAUAGGGUUUGUGGUACAAUUGACAUUGAAAAAGCUCUCACUGAGGGUGUUAAGGCAUUUGAGCCUGGACUACUAGCUAAGGCUAAUAGAGGAAUCUUAUAUGUUGAUGAAGUUAAUCUUUUGGAUGAUCACUUGGUUGAUGUGUUGUUGGAUUCUGCCGCAUCAGGUUGGAACACAGUGGAGAGAGAAGGUAUUUCUAUCUCACAUCCUGCUCGGUUUAUCCUAAUUGGUUCGGGAAAUCCUGAAGAAGGGGAGCUAAGGCCACAAUUGUUGGAUAGGUUUGGAAUGCAUGCUCAAGUAGGGACUGUUAGGGAUGCUGAGCUGAGAGUGAAGAUUGUAGAAGAGAGAGCUAGGUUUGACAAGAAUCCAAAGGAAUUUAGAGAGACUUACAAAGCCGAGCAGGCGAAGCUAACGGAACAAAUUACUGCGGCAAGGAGUUUACUUUCUUCUGUUCAAAUUGAUCAAGAUCUCAAGGUCAAAAUCUCAAGGGUGUGUGCAGAGUUGAAUGUGGAUGGAUUGAGAGGAGAUAUAGUAUCAAAUAGAGCUGCUAAAGCUUUGGCUGCUUUGAAGGGAAGAGACAAAGUAAGUACAGAGGAUAUUGCUACCGUCAUUCCCAACUGCUUGAGACAUCGUCUUAGAAAGGAUCCUUUGGAGUCAAUAGACUCAGGUUUACUUGUCACCGAGAAAUUUUAUGAAGUAUUCAGCUGAAGAUGAUGAUAGUAAUAUCAGUUGGUCUGCUGUGGUAUUUGUUGAGCAUCUACUUGAUUGUUUAGAAUUUAACCUUUUCUAUGGAGGAUUUAAUUGUCUUUAAACGUGAGUAAAAUUCAUAAAUUUCUUGUAUACAUGAUAUUCCAAGCCUUUACUUGAAACAGUAUUUCUCUUAUAUUCAUUUAUAGCCUGUUCAAAGGUACUUCCUGUA